GAUCACACUCCAGAGCUGCAGCCUCCUCUGGAUUCCCUCCUCAGUGACAAGCUGCUCAGAGAGCACCUAGUGAACAGCACACGCCCUCUGCUCCUGUCUCUCUUCCUGCUAGGACGAAUCGCAGUCCAUGGAGAGAAGUAAUUAAUGGGUUCAUUACGUAUGAAAGCAGCAUCCCACCACUUGGCUGUCUGGUUUGAACGGAUCCUAUCAGCGUUUCAUUCAUGUUCAGUGUCUGGGAUAUGAUAAAGCUGUUCUUCCUUUUGGAUUUUUCCCUCACCACUCAGAAACCACUAGAGCAACGUGUUAACAGAAGCACUCAGGAAGAGAAGAAAUUCUUCACCUCUGCAGACAGGAGGCUGAGGACGGAAAGUUGUUCAGGAGAAAGCCAAGAGAAGCAGAAGGUGCUAGAGAACAGCCGUACUUUGGAACACACAACAACGUUAAUGCAGUGUGAUUUGGAAACGUUUGCAAUUCUGAAUUACAGGUGAGCAGAACUUUUCCAGAGCAUAAAACAUCUGCAGGAACAAUCAGGAUUUCUCACCGCCGAGAGAGCCAAUGAAUUUUUAAUAAGUUCUGAGCGCUGUGGUCAGAUCAACUGCUGUUAUCUGAUAAAGGCAAAAUUCGUCCUCUGAUUUCCAUAAUCCUAUCCAAAUGGAGUCUUUGCCUUGCUGUGAGCAGUUCUAACUAACACCAACCACGGGAUUAGCGGGCCUCAGAGAUGCUGCAAGAAGUAAGACAACGCGGGUGAAAGAGAUCACCCCAGCACAGUGGAAGAGGCAUUUCGAGAAUGAGAGCUUAGCAUUCCUCACUGCGCUUCAGCCAACUGCUGCCAGGUACUGGCGGAGAAGAGAGGAAGCAGGACAGAGAGCAGCUCCAAACCUCAGACUAAAUCCCAAUGUAACUUCUUGAACCAGGAUGGAGGGGGAAUCUUACCACAAUGAAACCACAGUCAACGACACCCCAGUAGAUCACCAGGCUUUGGAACGCCAUGGGCUAUGGGAAGUCAUCACUAUUGCAAGUGUGACAGCUGUGGUCAGCCUGAUGACCAUUGUGGGCAAUGUCUUGGUCAUGAUCUCCUUCAAAGUCAACAGUCAGCUCAAGACAGUUAACAACUAUUACCUGCUCAGCUUGGCCUGUGCAGACCUCAUCAUUGGAAUCUUCUCCAUGAACCUCUACACGACCUACAUCCUCAUGGGACGCUGGGUCCUCGGGAGUCUGGCUUGUGACCUUUGGCUUGCGUUAGACUAUGUUGCCAGCAACGCUUCGGUCAUGAACCUUCUGGUGAUUAGCUUUGACCGUUACUUUUCCAUCACAAGACCACUGACAUACCGGGCCAAGCGUACCCCAAAGCGGGCUGGCAUCAUGAUUGGCUUGGCCUGGCUGAUCUCCUUCAUCCUCUGGGCACCAGCAAUUCUUUGCUGGCAGUACUUGGUUGGGAAGCGGACAGUACCACCUGAUGAGUGCCAGAUCCAAUUCCUCUCCGAGCCCACCAUUACUUUCGGCACAGCCAUCGCCGCCUUCUACAUCCCUGUUUCUGUCAUGACCAUACUCUACUGCCGGAUCUACCGUGAAACAGAGAAGCGAACCAAGGACCUGGCUGACCUCCAGGGUUCUGAUUCUGUGGUAGAAGCCAAGAAGAGAAAGCCGGCUCACAGGACCCUGCUCAGAUCUUUCUUUAGCUGCCCUAGACCCAGCCUGGCCCAGAGGGAAAGGGAUCAGGCCUCCUGGUCAUCUUCCCGCAGAAGAACCUCAACAACAGGAAAGCCAGACCAGGCCACUGGCCUAAGUGUUGACUGGGACAAGACUGAGCAAGUCACUACCUGUAGCAGCUACCCCUCCUCAGAGGAUGAGGCCAAGCCCACCACUGACCCUGUCUUUCAAGUGGUCUACAAGAAUCAGGCUAAGGAAAGCCCGAGGAAGGAAUUCAACACCGAAGAGACGAAGGAAACUUUCGUGACCGCUCAGACUGAAAACAGUGACUAUGACACUCCCAAAUACUUCCUGUCUCCGGCUGCUGCUCACAGACUCAAGAGUCAGAAGUGUGUUGCCUAUAAGUUCCAAUUGGUGGUAAAAGCUGACGGGACCCAGGAGACUAACAAUGGCUGUCGCAAGGUGAAAAUCAUGCCCUGUACCUUCCCGGUGUCCAAGGACCCUUCAACAAGAGGCCUGGACCCCAGCCUCAGCCAUCAAAUGACCAAGCGAAAGAGAAUGGUCCUAAUCAAAGAGAGAAAAGCGGCCCAGACCUUGAGUGCCAUUCUCUUGGCCUUCAUCAUCACAUGGACCCCUUACAACAUCAUGGUCCUGGUUUCCACCUUCUGUGACAAGUGUGUCCCUGUCACCCUGUGGCACUUGGGUUACUGGUUGUGCUAUGUCAACAGCACUAUCAACCCCAUCUGCUAUGCUCUCUGCAACAGAACCUUCAGGAAGACCUUUAAGAUGCUGCUUCUCUGCCAGUGGAAAAAGAAAAGAGUGGAAGAGAAAUUGUAUUGGCAAGGGAACAGCAAGCUACCCUGAAAAGUCAGUAACUUCCCUGGAAAGAAUAAUGGCCACAGUCUGGUUUGCUUGUUUUGAAGAACAUCAUCUGCCAUUCCGAGCCCCCAAAGACUUGUCCAGGCUCAAGGUCUGUUGUCAAAACGAAGCGUCACACACACAGCCACUGCUGCCAUGUGAAGUGAGUCUUAUCUAUUACCAAGGCCACCUGGUGCCACUAGCAUUUGCUGGUGAAUCAGAAAGACAGACUCAGGGUCCUUCUCUGGAAAUACACUUGAGUCAUUGCGGACAAUGACUUUGGGAACUGUUCUGUGAAGAACAGUUGGGGCCAGACUGGAAAUCUUCCCCUGGGGCAUUCUGUCAUAGAGCAUUGUGCAAUAUGUAUGUGUCUAUAUGAAACUGUGUUAGACCAGUGAAAAUCAAGGAGAAUGUAAGCCCCUGUCACCUCUGGAUAAGCGUGGUAUUCAACUGGCUUCUAAGAAUAUCACCCUUCGUAAUUUAAUCAGCAUUUAUUAUGCAGCUAUCAUGUGCUUUGUACUGUGGCAUGUUUUUCUGUUCAUAUGCCAAAUGAUGUUCUUACUCUCCCUUUCCUAACUGUGACAACUCCCAUGCCCAGUGAAACCAUGGUGAUUCCCACAGACCAUCCGUCUCUCAGAACCCUGAGUCAAGAAAAGUGCUGACGUUGGCACACUUGCAUGCUUGGUUUCCUAGAGGGGCUUCUGUUCUGCUACUAAUGAUGAUCAAGUUUCCAGACAGUUAUUUUCAUGUUUUACCAAUGAGGUAACUCUUUCUCUAAACAAAUAAUGUGUCUCAUUUUUGGUGCCCAUUUGGAAUCAUUUAUGAAGUAUGCUGUGUUCUCAGCAGAAACUGAUUGUAUAACAGCCCUAUCUAGUAAGGAUUCUCUCCAGGAUAUUGAAUGCUGGGUCUUUUAUGUUGUUUUUAGGAGAACUGCUUUCUAAUCUCCUCUCAGGACAAAUCAGACACAAAACGUGUAAAAACAAAUAUGAUUCCUACCAUGCUUUCAAUUUUCCUUAAGAGUCUUUGAAGUUCCCAAUCCUCCUCAUCCAGACCCAGACACGCGCAGAUCACUGUCUUGUGUAGGGAAAGAAGUGCUGCUUGGGCAAAAGGAGGGGAGUGUUCUUCCUUCCUUCCUUCCUUCCUUCCUUCCUUCCUUCCUUCCUUCCUUCCUUCCUUCCUUCCUCCCUCCCUCCCUCUCUCUCUUUUUCUUUCUUUCUUACUCUCUUUCUUUCUUUCUUUCCUCCUUCUUUCUUAUCAGUCUUUCAUAUUUGAAAGAAAUGACUUCCUUGCUCAGUCUGUCCCAAGGGACCCAGAAGUGAGAAGCUCAGAAAUGCAGAGUUGAGGGUUGAGUGCAGCUGGUUAUGCCCUUAAACAUGAACACUUUGGCUAGGAGGAGCCCAGUGAUACAUGCACGAAGCACUGGAUUCAACCCUCAGCACCAAAGCAAACAUUGUUUAAAUGUAAGUUUCCUCUUAAAAAUUAAGAGUAAAAGCUGGGCAGCGUUGGCGCACGCCUUUAAUCCCAGCAUUCGGGAGGCAGAACCAGGCAGAUCUCUGUGAGUUUGAGGCCAGCCUGGGCUAUAGAGCGAGAUCCAGGACAGGCACCAAAACUACAUGGAGAAACCCUGUCUCAAAAACAAAACAAAAAACUAAGUGUAAGGUAUAGUGACAUAAAAACAAAAAAGUAUUAACAUGCAUUAUGUCCACUGGAAUUAUUUAAAAACAGAGUUUAACUGAACUAUUUAACUGAAGUAUUUUUUGUUUUUGUUUUUGUUUUUGUUUUUCUGAGACAGGGUUUCUCUGUGUAGUUUUGGUGCCUGUCCUGGAUCUCACUUUGUAGAUCAGGCUGGCCUUGAACUCACAGAGAUCCUAACUGAAGUAUUUUUAUAUAAAGAAACUAGAAGUGGAGUGAUGCUCAGUAGAGAGUGCUUGCCCAGCAUGUUCCCAGCCCUGGGCUUGAGCUUUAGAACCAGGAGGGGGAAAAACUGAACCUAAGAUGCUUCUUUGAUGAUUUCAAAAAUAAACACAUGCACAAGAAAUUAAAGGUGUGAAAUAAGUUAAAUUAAUGAAAGAAUAAAAGCAGUGCAGUGCUACAUGGAGAGCUGGCAGGUGGAAAGUCCUGUCAGGAACUUUUCUAGUCAAAUUGCUAUCAUUUGACACUGUGUUAAAGAAAUUCUCUACAGGAAACAUACCUGUAAUCCCAGCACGUGGGCAGUGGAGGCAGCUUUGUCUAUAGCAAGAUCCUAUUUCAAAAAGAAAAAAAAAAUCUGGAUUUCAUUUCACUCAGUAGAAGCCAGCUCUCUUUUAACCUCAUUUUUUUUUAAGAGGAUGGAAAGAAGAAAAAGAAGAGGAGGAGAAGGAAUUAGCCUGGUUUCUUGGGAAUUAGAUGUGUACCUGAGUUCUCCCUCCAACCCUGGAAGAACAGAGUUACAUGCCAAGGAGCCUUUGGGAUGGAGAACUCUUGGGCAGGACACGGCUAAUCCACCCAGGCCUCUAUUCUAGCCCUGCAGAGACCUGAUGUUGAGAUGGAGCAUGUUUGGUGUGCCGUAGUCGUGGAGCCUUUGUGAAGGGCAGGUUGACACCUGCCAAGAAUUUAGUAGAAAAUACUAAUUGGCUCAAAUCUCUGAGACAGAAGUUCCCAGGCCUAUGUGAUACCAGGAGGGUGUGACUUUAUUAAAAAACCUGCUCUACCAGCUCUAGACGUACUUGGUUCUUUUCCUUUAAGGCCUUGGCUGCUGGCAGAAUUGGAAAUCUUUCUAUGAAAAUGGCAUUUUAAUCCUGUAUUGGGUAUUCAUCACUCACAAUAGAGGGAUAACCCAGUUAAAGCAAAGGGACCCAGAACUGGAGUGGCGAGAGUAUUGCUCCAUGGUCACACAGAAUUAGCCUUUUUAACUUAUCUUUUGUGAAACUGAUUCUUAUUGACUUUGAAAAGUAGCCAGGUUUACAGGGCUACUCAUGCCCAUUAACAUAGACAAAGCAUACCCUCAAACCGUUAGAGGAAACCAAAGUGUCCUAGAGUCAGGACCUUGAGUGGGGCCUUCAGAAUGCAAAGAUUCUAUUGUAAACUACAGGUAUGGGGUAAGUGCGUGGAGUAUGAGCUGACCUGAUCCUAGAAUCCUGAGUUCUGUCUGUGAGGAACUACGUUCAGCUUUAACUGGCUAUCUAUAGGAUGAUAUAUGUUGCUAAUAAUGUGAUUUGUUUCUCUUUUGGGCUGUGAAUUUGGUGACCCGUCCCGGUUUUCCGUUCAUGUUUUGGUUAAACAAAGCAUGUUGUCAGCCUUCCUCCUUUGCUCCUCUGGUGAGUGUCCUCUGAGGAUGACGCUGCCGGUUCUUUGUGACUGUGAAAUCUGUACCUACACCCCUGGGUGGGGGCUUACAGCUGUCUACUAUCAAUACCGGAAUCACAGCAAAGCAUAUUGUACUCAUGUUGUUCUGGACAUUAAAGAAAUUUAACCACAUAGUGAUUCCAUGAAAAGUGUUAAAACUGGAGAAUGUUCUCUGGUUAGCAUGACGGACCCAAUCUGUACCAGGGUCUUCCUCAGCUCUGCAUGGCCUUCCCUUUGAAGAUAGGGUUCACAAUAUGGAAUACACGUCCUUGUUGCUACUUUCUGUGAUUUGCCAUUCCAGCUACCAAUGAUCAAAUUAAGAUUA